UUAUCAAUAAAGUGAAAGUGAAAGUAUAGCAGCAUACUGUAAUUUCCCAUCAGCCUCGGAUAUUGAUUUGUCACUGCGCCAAAGAAGGAAUUUUGGUCACACCAAAGAUACUAGAAAUCACACACUGAAUUUCAGCGUUUCUGUUUUCUUCUUCCUCCUAAAAUAGUGUGAAAGUUACGGUGUUCGGAAGCAAGUCCAAAUCUGUGAUCAUGACAACAAACAUACCAGUGCAAAGUUCUACAGCUCCAGUAGUUCUGUACCAACCAUGUGCAGAAUACCGUUCGUCAACCUUUAACUCCAAGGCAGCGCUAAUAACCGGCUAUAUGCAGAUUGGCCUAGCAGUGGUAUCCCUUGCAUUUGGUGUGGCUUGUAUAUUUUCUGGUUAUUUUGCUGGGGUUAUUGCUGUUCCAAUCUGGGGUGCACUUGGGUUUUACCUUGUGGCUGGAAUUCUGGGAGUGGUUGCAGGACAGACUAAUGGAAGAAAUUCAUGUGUUAUUGUGGGUUGUUUGGUGAUGUCAAUAAUUGCAGCUGUAACUGCUGGUGUCCAUAUUAUUAUUGGCAGUAUUUCAACAGCUGUUGGUCGUUAUGACUACUAUGAUUAUUAUCAUUAUGAUGGAGGAUGGUAUGCUGUCAACAUUCUGUGUGUACUUGUUGGAGUGGUUCAGUUUGUGACAGCCAUUGUUUCAUCAGUGUUCAUGUGUUGUGGGCCAAAUUGUUGCUGUGCAGGUCAAACAUCAAAUGGUCAUCCUCAGCAUGCAUCCUAUGUUGUUCAACCUGGUCAGGUCAUUACCCAAGGUCAGGUUGCCAUCCAAGGAUAUCCCAUGAUGCAGCAGCAGUUUGUCGGUCAGCCUGUUGCCAUGGGGCAACCCCAGGUCAUGGGUCAACCUCAGGUGGUAGGUCAACCACAGUUUGUGGGUCAACCACAGUUCACAGGUCAACCACAGUUCACAGGUCAACCACAGCAAAAUGUCCAGUACAUGGGCCAAGCUCAAGGACAGCUGCCUGCCUACACAGAACAUGAGACAAAAUAAGUUCCUCAAAUCACACUGUAAGCUUUAGUUUUGAAAACUAUUGGUAUAAAUAUAUUCAGAUUAGACCAAAAAUAUAAUAUUAGAGUGACAAUUGGAGAUGAAAUUGGCUUGAGUCUAAGGAAACAACUAUCAUUCAUUCCAUAGGUUUUAGGUAGGUAGUAAAACAGUAACCAAUAGUCAGAAAUCCAUUAAAGUUUCAAAUUGAUUAAUGAUAAUAAGUGCUUGCAAUAAUAUAAAAGUAUUUUGGUCUGUUUUUUUCUAAUUUAAAAAAAAAAAAAAUCUUGCCUUGUAUGUUUGCUGCUAAUAAUGUGCAUAAUUGGAUAAAUGCACAAAAAUAGUUUACAAAAUAUAAGAAUCCAUACUUAUAUACAAUAAGACUAUAGCUUAGCUUGCAAAGCAUGAAGCCAAAUACUGUAUAUACAAAAAAUGCUUUCUUGCCAAGCCUGACCAACUUAAAAUCUAGGGCAACUCAACAUUUAGUAUUUUUUCAUAUCUUUUAAUAUAUAUAUAUAUAUAUAUAUAUAUAUAUAUAUUUUUUUUUUAAUACCGUACAGUAUAUCAUCAUUAUGUGAAAGAACAUCAGAUGUGUUGAAUGAGCAAUUAAAUACUGCAUUUUAUAGAAAAUGCUAUUUUAGUUGCCGUUGGUGUGAAUUUAAAAUCUCUGUUUCUUAACCCCAGACUGCGUUCUAAAAAUGAACCUCCAUUUUUCAAAAUUUGGACCGCAAGAUAUCAGAAAUUUUUAAAAAUAUAAAUGUUCAAAAAUGUUAUGUGAAUUUUCUAAUUUCCUACAAAUCAAUAAAACUUCAGGUCAAAAUUGGCCAAGACAUUUUAUUUGCAGAAGUUCCCCAACUGAUGACGAUCCAAUAAUGAUAGCGUGCCGACUUGAUCAUGAAGUUCAGGCUGAUGGGAAUUUUUUGACGUAGGGAAUUAUAAUGAUGUCUUGUAUGGAUGCACAUUAUACAUUUACAUGUUUUAUAUCUUUAAAUUCUUGUUACACAAAAAAUGUAACGUAAAGAAACUCACAAUUGAUGACUUAAUUUUAGACAAAAUGGAAAGCAUUUUAUAAUGUAUGAGAUGCCAUUUUGGGGAAUUUUGGAGGGGCCAUAUCCUCAGAACUUUGAAUCAUUGUGAGGGGCUGAGGUGGUUGUUGACCAUCUCAAGCUACUAGUAUCCUCAACAAAGGCUCAUGUGAUGCAGCAGCAUUAUGAUUGAUUCAAAAAUAGACCCCAGUCUAAAAAAGUUGAGAACCAGGGGUAUAGAUCUUUUAACCAGUCUUUGUAAACAACAUCACUCCCCACCCCACACUAUUAGCUACUUAUAGAGGGCGCUAGAGCGCACAGGUUGACUGCAUCUGCCAAGUUAACUGGUAAAGUAUUUCAAUACAAAUCUGAUAAAGUAUAAAUGUACAGUUUUAUAAACAAUCCCCUAUAUUAUAUAUAGAUAUAUUUUACAAGAAUAUUUAUGUUUUUUAUUUGUAGAAAAUAGAUUUUAUAAUUUCAUGAAUGAUUAAAUCAGACCAUUGCACCAAUGUAAUAUUAAUAAAUAUAUUUGUCUAAUGCCUUGUAAUUCCCAGAUGAUCUAGGCACUAUAUAAAGGAAACAUCUCAUCAAUAUCUCGGGAUCAUUUUUACUACCAGAUCAUAAGUGACUGCUUUCUAAAGACUUGUUUUCUGAGCGAUCAUUCCUUAAUAAAAAAAAAUGUGUUAAUGCUCCGACUUGAACAUAUUCGCUUUAUGCCUCCCAGCCUGCAUGUGGGCAUAUGCUUUUGUAAAAUAAGGUAUUAACCCUCUGCCUUAAACAAUAGUCGCUAUUGUGCUUGCAAAAUGUUAUGACAAAUCUUGUUAAUUUAAUUAACACUAAAAAAUGUGAAGGACUGCAUGAAACAUGUUAUUCAAUAAAUAGAUUUAUGUUCCUCAA